AUCUAUUGGUCAAUCCCAUUUGUUUGUAAAUCAGGUCUAUGGAGACCCCUUAGAGAUGGGUAGGCCGUUUCCAUAGAAAUGCGUUUUGUAUUCAGUAAUGUACCGCGGACUUAGAGUUGGACAGUUGAUUACAAACGCGUUGUUGUGCUCAAGAACUAUAUAUUAAAAUGGAGCUGCUGCCAAGUGAUUCCUCAUCCACCUGGGCAAUGGAGGCUCUGUGUUCACUGCUCUCCAAUACCGCAAAAGAAGACCCAAAUGACUGUAUGAGUUCCUUCUCAUUUGGAAUAUCUGGCCCUGGAGACAUUGGACCUGCAAGAAAGCUGCAUCCAGAAGGUAUACAGAACAAGAAGGAAAUCUGGAAUGAAAGGGAGUCCACCACAGUGGCAGAGGUUGAAGACAAAUUUGACACAAGACAGCAACCUGAGUAUCAGAUUAUUUUCAAGCAAAGUGUGCGUCCGGAAGAUGUCUUUUUAGGCUUUACUCAGAAGAACUCAUCAACGACCUGUUGUGAGGAUAUGAUGAUUCGAAUUAACCUGCCUGGUACAAAAUCUUCCGAUGUGCUACUACAAGUCAAAAAUAACUUCCUUGAUCUUCACACACCCAAAUACAAAUUGGGAUUACAUCUUCCCCAGCCAGUGAAUGCAGACAGCGGAAAGGCACAAUUUACACUGGACACAGAAACCCUGCAUGUGACUCUAACUAUGUCUGGAGGUUCUCUCUGAUUCAUUUGAUUUUGUGGGAAUGUCCCUCCAUGUAUGAGCAUGGUAAUAUUGAGGAGAAGUUGUAGAAAAUUCCAAGGUAAUAUAAUGGCGUAAAAGUUCAAAACUUCAUUUUUAUUGUAAGGGAGUAAUUAUAGAAAUUAGGUUAAUGAUAGUGUGCUGUGCCUGCUCUACAUGAUUUUAUGUAUCUGAUCUGUCACCCUCAUGCAGCAAUCCUUUGCCUCGUGCACACACACACUUACUUAUAACUAGAAAUCUGCAAGUGCUUCAAAAUAUGGGUGCACAGCUUUAAGGGCAUACUGAUACUUUCCUCUAGAUUGUAAACUUGUUUGAGCAGGGUCCUCCUUACCUUUUGUUUCUGUAAGUCAAAUGGUUAGGUUGUAAACUACUUGUUAUGUCCUGUUUACCCAUUAUACAGUGCUAAAGAAAUAUGAUAGACCUUUAUAAAACAAUAAAUAAUUUUCCAAA